AUGAAUUCAAUAUCAAUAGAAAACAAUGACAAUUUUUAUGAUAAUAUUAUAGAACAAAAUAUAACACCAUUAUCAUCAACUAUGGAAACAAUAUUACAACAAUUAGUAAUGACAAAUGUAACAACUACUGUUACAACAUCAAUAGAUUCAACAAUAUUAAAUAAUAUAGUUAAUUAUACAAAUAAUAUUAAUCAUUAUUUAAAUGUUACCCAUUGUAACGAAAGAGAAAAACCUGAAUUACAAUUAGUAACUAAAGUAAUACCAAUAUUAGUACCAUUAUUUUUUAGUAUUAUUGCAAUAACAGGAUUUUUUGGUAAUUCAUUAGUAAUAUUAGUUGUAUUAUUAAAUACGCAUAUGCAUUCAACAACAAAUUUAUUAAUUGUAAAUUUAGCGUGUGCUGAUUUACUUUUUGUGAUAAUUUGUAUACCAUUUACUGCAGUUGAUUAUUUGGCAUAUAUAUGGCCAUUUGGUGUUACAUGGUGUAGAACUGUACAAUAUUUAAUAGUUGUUACAAUGUUAGCUAGCAUAUAUACAUUAGUAUUAAUGUCAAUUGAUAGAUUUUUAGCAAUUGUAUAUCCAGUACGAAGUCGAGGAAUUAGAACCGAAUUUUUAACGAAAAUUGCAAUUGUUAUCUUAUGGAUAACAGUUUUAAUAGUUUCGGCUCCAACUUUUAUGCUUUAUAAUUUAUGGUCAUAUGAAUGCGAUAAUAUAAAAUGGCUUUCUUGCUCAUACGAUUAUAAUUCAAUGGUGGAUCAAGCUGUUUAUCAAAUUACAUUCUUUACUAUAUCAUAUUUCUUCCCAUUAGUUUUAAUCAGUAUUUUAUAUAUAAAAAUUGUUUCACGAUUAUGGCAUAGAAUUGGUGGCACAAUGUCAGCUGAAUCACAGAAAGGACGAAGACGUGUAACAAGAGUUGUUGUAGUAGUUGUUUUAGCAUUUGCUUCAUUAUGGUUUCCUGUACAAAUAAUUUUAAUAUUGCGAAGCUUAGGAUUAUUUGAAACAAAUGCUGUUAAUAUAAUAUUACAAGUUGGAACACAAACUCUUGCUUAUACAAGUUCCUGCAUCAAUCCAAUUUUAUAUGCAUUCUUCUCAGAAAACUUUAGAAAAGCAUUCAGAAAGGCCAUUUAUUUUUCAUCAUCCUAUCGAUUUGGUCCGUCAAAACAAUACAAUGACUUGUCAACAACGACAACAGCUGCUGGUUUAUCAGGAAGAAGAAGAAUAUCAGCGGUACAAGAUAGUAUGAGUAUGGCAGUUAUCUAAUCAAAUUAAAUUAAUUUUUUUUUUUUCUUAUUUAUUUUCAUACCAUUUUGUGGGUUUUUAUACUUCUAUUUUUAUAAUUUGUUAUAAAAAUUAAACCACCUACAUUCAAUUUAUAUACGAGUAUACAA